GAAAGAUCCUAUAAGGCCAGAGAUGUUGACAGGUGAGCGUCAUUCUACGAGGUGUCCCGCAGACGCGUUCAAAAGUUUGUUUUCCCAAGAAACCGCAUCUAAAACCGAAGCGCGAUGGCAGUGAGGAAGCCCGAGUUCCGUCGGCGAAUUGUUUCCAAAGACGGCCGCAACAAUGUGCGCAUCAACAAUGUGGAAGGAAUGGUCAAGAUGUACCUGCACGAUAUCUGGACCACGGUGGUGGACAUCAAGUGGCGCUACAAGAUCACCCUGUUCGCCUCCACCUUUAUCAUGACAUGGUUACUUUUCGGGGUUCUCUUCUACUUCAUCGGUAUGGGCAAUGGCGACUUUGAACCCAACCUCAGCUCAAACCACACACCGUGCUUGGAGAACGUCAAAACCUUUACAGGCGCCUUCCUGUUCUCACUUGAGUCGCAGACCACCAUCGGGUACGGCUUCCGCUACAUCACCGAGGACUGCCCGUUGGCCAUCUUCACGCUAGUAGCCCAGCUGGUCAUCACCGGCCUGGCCGAGAUCUUUGUUACAGGGGCCUUUCUGGCCAAGUUGGCGCGACCCAAGAAAAGAGCAGAGACCAUCAAGUUCAGCCGGUGCGCUGUGGUUUGCCACCGACGGGGCCAACUCUGCCUAAUGGUUCGGGUUGCAAACAUGCGCAAGAGUCUUCUGAUCCAGUGCCAGCUCAGCGGUAAACUCCUCCACCCCAAUGUCACCCAAGAAGGUGAAAAAACACAAGUCCACCAGACAUCGGUGGACUUCCUCAUGGACUCCAGCAGUGAGUGCCCGUUCCUCAUUCUGCCGCUCACGUUCUACCACGUCCUGGAUGAGCGCAGCCCCUUGGCCGGCCUCACGGCAGAAAAUCUUGCCAGCCGCGACAUGGAGUUGCUGGUGACGCUCAACGCCACCAUGGAGUCGACGGCCGCCACUUGUCAGAGCAGGACGUCGUACAUUCCCGGUGAAAUCUUGUGGGGGUACGAGUUUAAGCCCGUGAUCUUCAGCACAGACAGCGGCCGCUACGUGGCUGACUUUAACUUCUUCGACAAGGUGCAGGUCUGCAAUGACGACGCCUUCCUAAACAAUGCCGAGAAGCUGAAGCUGGAGGAGGACUACAAAAAAGAGUAACCGAUAUUUGGGUCUAAAAUCAGGGACAUGUUACGAUUUUGUGUGAGAAUUUUCCUGUUUUAAGAACUGAAGGCCUACCAAACAAAGACAAAAAGCGAAAAUACAUUUUUAGUUAGUUGUAUCAAUUUUCCGCAUCUGUUUGGCGCAUUGGGCACAUGCUAAUUAAGUCUUUUGUCGGUUUUGUAUCCAAAAACAAAUACAAUACAAUACAAUAGCAGAGUACAAUGUCAAAAGUUAAAUGACUAGAAAAAAGGGUCCUACUUUGACUUCUUCCAUUUUGUUGUGGAGCUCAAUGUCCUGUUGUGACAACAUCUGCAACUGUUUUCUGUAAACGCUCAAGAUUCCAAGCUUGGUUCCUCUUUUUACUUACUGACUACUUACAUAAAUAUGAACAAGAGAAGUCAAAGUCCCUGCGUUUGAUUGGCUCUUCUAGUGGACUCAUUAGUCAAGACAGAUACCCAGGCAAGGGCGUAGGUUUGCAUAGGGACGGUAGGAAAAUAAAACUCAAAUUGUCCCCACCAACUUUUAAGCAACCACAUUAGAUAAUGAGUUCAGAUAUACAGUGUAUCACAAAUGUGAGUACACCAGUGGCGCCUCCAGAAAUUUUUCAUAGGGGUGGCCAGAUGGGGCCACUUAAAAUCUUGGGGUGGCCAAAACUAAAAGCUAUAAUUUCAGGUUUUCAUUAUAUCAUUGCAGUAAAAAGGUCAGGGGAAAACUAUCAGAAAGACUUAAGGACACGGCUACUGAUAUACUUGGGUGUAUUGUAUAAUAUUUGAUGUUACUAAUGAUUUAAUGGGCAUAGUCCGUAAUUGUCCAGUCAACAUUUUGAGUUCCACAACAAUUCUGUUUUAUUGUGUUAUGUAUAUAUUAGGCAUAAGGUGUACAUUUAACUAGGGCUGUCAAACGAUUAAAAUUUUUAAUCGAGUUAAUCACAGCUUAAAAAUUAAUUAAUCGUAAUUAAUCGCAAUUCAAACCAUCUCUAAAAUAUGCCAUAUUUUUCUGUAAAUUAUUGUUGGAAUGGAAAGAUAAGACAAGACGGAUAUAUACAUUCAACAUACUGUACAUAAGUACUGUAUUUGUUUAUUAUUACAAUAAAUCCACAAGAUGGCAUUAACAUUAUUAACAUUCUUUCUGUGAAAGGGAUCCACGGAUAGAAAGACUUGUAAUUCUUAAAGGAUAAAGUUUGUAUAUUGUGACUAAAUAUUGCCAUCUAGUGUAUUUGUUGAGCUUUCAGUAAAUGAUACUGUAGCGACCUAACUGUUCUACCCAAAUGCAUGAUGGGAAGUGGUGUAACCAUGACUGUGUGUGGUGGCUGCAAAUGCUAUAUCUUCUCUGCGUUGUGUACACCACAGGGUGUUAAGAAAAAGAAAAAGAAAGAAAAAAAGACUCCUGUCAUUCUUCCCUACGUCGCUUCCCACAAUAUUUAUAGUUGCUGUGGGAGAGAUGACAAAGCUUUUGCCAAUUAAAAGCAUGGCCCCAAUGAACGCUUUUAUCUACUCCACUCAUUUGACACCGCCUCUUAUCUCUGUAUACAAGUAAAACGACGCCAUUGUAGGCUGUUUGCGGCAAUACGUGAAUGAGUCAUACUGCAAAUGCGUUAAUUGGGAUAAAUAUUUUCACGUGAUUAAUUUUAAAAAAUUAAUUACCGCCCAUUAAUGUGAUAAAUUUGACAGCCCUACAUUUAACAAAACAAAAUAAAUGCAUUCAUUUGGGAUGAAAUGCAUAAAUGAUGCUACAACAAUCUAACGAUAUACUGGCAAGUGGGGUGACCAGUGGGGUGGCCAACCAAUUUAUAGGUGUGGCCAUGGCCACCCCUGGCCACCCCCUGGUGGCGCCACUGGAGUACACCCCUCGCAUUUCUGCAGAUAUUUAAGUAUAUCUUUUCAUGGGACAGCACUGACAAAAUGACACUUUGACACAAUGAAAAGUAGUCUGUGUGCAGCUUAUAUAAUAGAGUUAAUUUAUUUCCCCCUCAGAACAACUCAAAAUAUAGUCAUUUAUAUCUAAACCCCUGGCAACAAAAGUGAGUACACUGCAUGGGAACUACUUACAUCCCUAAAUGUCCAAAUUGAGUACUGCUUGUCAUUUUCCCUCCAAAAUGUCAUGUGACUCGUUGCAGGAGUACUGUCAGCAUUGCUGCAGAGAUUGAAGAGGUGGUGGGGGUGGUCAUUCCCACCACCAUGCUUGACUGUAGGCAUUACACACUUAACUUUGUACUCCUCACCUGGUCGCCGCCAAACAUGCUUGAGACCAUCAGAAACCAAACAAAUUAAUCUUUGUCUCAUCAGACCAUAGGACAUGGUUCCAGUAAUCCAUGUGCUUUGUUGACUUGUCUUCAGCAAACUGUUUGCGAGCUUUCUUGUGUACCGUCCUCAGAAGAGGCUUCCUCCUGGGGUGACAUCCAUGCACACCAAUUUGAUGGAGAGUACGGCGUCGCUACUUCGCGGUUUUUCACUUAUUGCGGUGGGUUCUGGUCCCCAUUCACCGCGAAAAACGAAGGAUCACUGUAGUUGCAACA